CGAAUGGAGUAUUGAUUUGUUUUGUAAACUUCUCGAGUUUAUUGAUUUUAAUUCCCUAAUACGCAGUUAGUCAAAACACUUUGUUCUCCGGUUAGAGACAGAGCAUUUAGCUGUAAUACUGUCUAUCGCUCAUCAUUCAUAGUGAGAUAAAGCAACAGCUAUUGAACUUAAAAUUGCGGCGAAUUCCAUUCGUAUACAAAAUGGAUGAAAUCGCCAGAGAAAACAUUACUGUUGCGAGACAACUGUCGUCAAGUGGCUGUUAUAGCAAAGCUUUUGAUAUGUAUGUGUUAUCAUUCGAUAAAAACCCGCAGCAAAAGAAUCUUUUUGAAGCCGAGUUUCGAUCCGUAUUAAUCAAGCUGAAUGAAGUACUCGCCACUGCGAACAAAAUUGAAGAAAUAUUUUCAAACUUCGGGCGGGCUAUCGAUGCAUUUCCAGAGAACGUGCAUCUUUUGAAUGAUAUAGGCAAGUACCUUUAUAAAUUUGCAUUUUAUCCAGAAGCCUGGUGUCAUUUUCACAGAGCUUUGAAGAUUGACGGCACAUUUGUAAAUCCUGAGAAAAAUCUGAACUCUGUUAAAAACCUGUUGAUGGAACGAUGGCAUUUCAGGAUGCUUAAUGAUAAAAUCCGAAAUGAAGCAUACCAUGAUGCUAUCCAUGAGAUUGCUGUUCCAUUCAGUGAUCACAUGUUGGAUAUAGGCACUGGAACUGGUUUAUUAGCAAUGUAUGCGUGCCAAUGUACCCCAAGGACCAUUGUAGGAUGCGACGGAUCUGGAGUCAUGACAAGUUUGGCAGAACUCAUAACACAAGAAAAUCAUAGACCCGAGAUAAUUGUAAUAAAUAGUAUGUCUACAUCUUUGAAUUACCAUGACGUUGGAGGGCGCAGAACCCUAGUGAUGACUGAAAUGUUUGAUGCAGGUUUAUUUGGAGAACAUGUCCUACAAACACUGGCACAUGCUCAUGAAUGUCUGAUGUCAAAUACUGGUAAAGUGAUACCUAACAAAGCUGAAUUUUUUGUUGCUCCAGUAGAUUGUGACUAUCUUAACAUGAAGUACCAGUUGUGUUCCACAGCUAAGAAUAUUCUCAACAUUCCACAGGACAAUGUUCAUAUUCUAACUUUUGAUGAGACAUAUGAUUGUGAAGACAUUCACCUUUAUCAAGAUAUGAAGUACAUGGCUGAACCUCGCUCCCUUCUUAAAGUAAACUUUAAUGAUUAUAAUGAUAUCUAUGAAACAUUGACCAGAACUGAUCCAUAUACACUUAAAUUCAAAGCCACAGAAGAUGGUAAAAUCAAUGCUCUAAUUGGUUGGUUCAACCUUUAUCUCACUAAGAACAUAACAAUCACUACAGACCCAAGAUCUGAUAAAAGAGCUAAUGCAUGGCAACAAGCUGUUUUCUUUGAUAACAUACCAAAAUCAGUCAAAGAAGGUGAAAUUGUAGAUUACAAUUUUCUGCUCAAUAGAGGUAAACUCACAUUGCUACCAAAUUGGAAGAGUGAUGUUAUAAGAAUAUCCCCAGAAACCCUUAGGUUUCUCAAUGAUACUGAGUUUGUAAACAUGAUUAAAGGCUCUAUUGCUAUGACAUCUGUAUACUUGGGACAGAUUGCUGAUAUAUCUAUUACUGAUAUUGUUGAUUUGUGUCCAUUCCCACUGUUUGGCUUGUUAAUGCUGAAGCGUGGAGCUCAAUCAUUGAUAUGUUGUGCCAAAACAGAUGUAGACAGAGAAUUUUUUGAAAGGGUAUUUGAAGCCAAUGGUGUGCCAUUGUCGAAAUUAACAAUAAUGGUGGGAGAUGAGUGGGGGCAAGAAAUAUUUGGAGAUGAGAAGUACCAUGCAAUAUUUUGUAACAUAUUUGAUUUAUGGGGUGAUGUGGAACUCCAUAAUAUGGAGAUUGCUCAGCAGUUGAAACAAUCACAUCUUCUUCAGGGUGGAUUGUUCAUGCCUGGCAAUGUGACAGUUGUUGCUCAGCUUGUCCACAGUGACUGGCUGGAAAUAAAUAAUGUAAUACAUGAUGAGAAUGUAAGCAACUUCACAAUUGGAAAGCAUGUCAACAAAUACCAAGUAUCACAGAACUUCUGUAUUGAUUUCUCUCAUUUGGAAUACACACCAUUGUCAGAACCAUUCAUGCUGGGUGAAUGCAACAGUGACAUCAGAAGACAUGUGGUUGAUGUACCAGUGGUGAACACUGGAUGCUUGAAUGCUAUCCUUUGCUGGUACAACUUAGAGCUAAUGGAACAUGUGGGAGAAAUUUCAACUAAUCGAAAAAACAGCUUCAUAGAUGGCACAGUGUUCUUGAUCAAUCCAAAUGUGCAAUUGGAGUGCGGCAAUACAGCAAAUAUAAUGCGCAGUGUUGAUCCUGAUGGCUCAUUUAAAAUAAUGAUUGAUACUAGAGCUACCUAAAUUUUUGAUCGUAAUGAUUUUAGGAUUGGCAUGUUUGUUACUUUUGUAUGAAUUUUAUACAAAUGUUUUAAACUAUUUGAAAAAGAAACUAAUAUUGAAUCUGAAUAAGUUCCUUGUUAUUGUUUGUGUAAUUGUAUAUUUUCUAAUAAAAUAAAUUUCAAAUAAAAGAGGUCAAAUCACAUCAAGAUCUCAGUGCUUGCUUAGAGUGCCUGAACUGAAAGAUUUCAAUGUCGAUGUUGAAAGGUCAUGCAUCUUUCCACAUCGACAUUGAAAUCUUUAAUUUCUUUUUUUUAGAAUUUUCUAGCUAUUAACAACGGUAUAUUAAUACUGACAUAGAUGAAGUAAUACAUAGAAUAAAUAAUACAAAAAAUCUCCAAAUAUUGAACGUAGAACUGUACACCACUUAUCUAAUAAUGCAGCUGAUAUUUGUGUGUGAAUUGACCCUAACGUUAUAUUACUUACUAUUAUAUUUAGUUCCUGUAAGUUAUAAUGUUUAUUUUAGUUUAAUUAGUUGAUAUUAUGAUGCACAUAAAAACUAUGAAUAAAAUCACAGGGUGUUGAUGAAGCCUAUGUAUUGAUUGAAUUUAUUGUAUUUAGGUAUAGUUACUUAAUGUUUUAGAAAUGAUUCUCAAUGUGUAACUAGUAGGUAUUGAAUGGUAUUCAUAUCGUUAAUUCAACUCUGAGAAAUAUAUUGUUUAAUCAUUAUAAUAAUAUGCAAACUACUGUUUUGGAAAGACACCUGAAAUCUCGGCUAUUUCUAGCGUAAAUAUCGUAAUUAAGUAUUACAGUAGACAACUACUCAUUACUAAAAUAUUUGCUGUACUUCAUAUAAA